AUACGAGACGCGCAGCAGUCGGAGCGACGAUCGCUGCCGCUCGUCUUAGAGCAAGUUCAAGAUUCGUCAGAUAAGGACACGGGCGUGACGUCAAUAUCUUGACCAUACGUCCUUCCAUUCGAAGUCGACGUUAAAAGCGGUUGUGUCUUGUAGUUACGAUGGUAAUAGUGUUACAACUGCCAAGCGUCGUUGACGUUUCCAAGUGUUAUUUGAGUUGCAGUUAACGUUAUAGAGAUAUAUAUAGAGAAGGAGCGGGUGGACUAUUGUGUUAUGACUAUGUGAUCUGUUCAUUAUGUUUCCAGUGGUAUUUGGUCUGUGUGUGUUGGCGGCUGCCCGCGGCAUCUCUGAGGAGGAGUUCAACAGCCUACCACGCCUGUACGACCUGGAUGACUACGAGUCGUGCCUCGCGCCUCGGUCCGGGCUGUACUGCCUCGGCUCGUUCCUCAUUGCGGAGCAGGAUAGCUCUGUCUACAGACUCGUGAAGGAGUACUCCCAAGAGCCUCUCCAUUUCAACUACACCUACCUUCAUCGCGGCUACUGCGUCAGUUCCCGUUGUCCACAAACCUCUGAACACAACGUCACCCUACGACGACGCUUCGACGCCUGCGCACAGCAGUUCGCCCAAUCGCGUGGCUUGAAAUUGCACCUGCAAAAAGUACACUACUGCAAGACGCACGAUGAUGUGAAUGUCAAGCGCAGCUUCAAUGUGGACAUCCCGCAGAUGGUGUUCCUGGUGGUUGUAGGAGUACUCCUGGUGCUGAAUGUGGCCGGGACGGCGUACGACUUGCUGAUCAGCGAUGAUGUCAAAAAGAACCAGCUGCUGACAUCAUGGUCGUUGCGCGUCAACUGGCGUCGCCUGACGUCACAGCGCGAGCACGCCGACCCGCGCCUGGCGGCCAUGCGCCCGCUGCAAGGAGUCAGGGUGGUAGUGCUGGGGACUGUGAUAUGGACCCACGCGGGCUUCGUCCAGCACAUCCUGUACGCGCACAGCCCGAGGGCGCUGGAGCAUAUGAUGUCGAGCUGGCUGAUGAUGAUCGUCAAGAACGGCACGGCGCUGGUGCAGGUCUUCAUCACCAUCAGCAGCUUCCUGCUCGGCUACAACCUGCUGCUCUUCGCGAAGUGUGAGCUCAAAGUGCUGCCGAAGCUGCUGCUGCUUAGAUAUAUCAGAUUGGCCCCAGUCCACUUACUAGUGGUUGGAUUCGCAGCGACGUGGUGGGGCCAGCUGCGAGACGGCCCGAUGUGGCCGGCUGUGACGGCCGAGGCGGCCUCAUGUCGCCGCAAGUUCUGGACGCAGGCGCUGUAUGUCAACAACGUGGUGCGGCCUGAAGAUCAGUGUCUUGUGCAGACUUGGUCUUUGGCGGUAGACAUGCAACUAUAUGUGGUAGCAGUACUGCUGACGCUGGGCCUCCAUCGCUGGCGACACCGCGCCGUGCUCAUACUGAGUACGCUGUUCGUGGUCUCCUCUUUGCUGAAUGGUGUCCUGGCGUAUGUCUACCACUGGAAGACCAUGCUGUACAUCAUGACGCCUGAGAACCUUCGCACCAUGUUUCUGGACGAGCCUUCGUUCUGGUGGUUCUACACGUCUCCGUGGGGCAGCCUGCCUUCCUGCCUGCUUGGGUUACUGCUGGCUCACUUCCACUACAACCUGCAGGAACAGAACGUCCAGCCUAAGGAUUCCAAAUUGCUCCGCUGGCUGUUCCGCGUGUACUUCCCGCUGGGGCUGGCGUGGGUGUUCUCGGGCGUGUGGCUGCAGGCGUACGACUCGCGCUUGAUCACCGCCGUGCACGCCGCGUUCGAGCGCCCCGUGUUCACUGCGCUGGCGACCGUCGCCAUAUUCGGAUUGUGCAAUGGUUUUGAAGGUGUCGACCGCGACCUCUUCUGCUGGUGGGGCUGGCGCACGCUGGGCCGGCUGUCGCUGCCCGCGCUGAUGCUGCACUGGUGCGUCAACAUGCUGCUGGCGGCUGCGCGUCCCCAGCCGCUGCCCACUUCGCCUUUUGAUCUGGUCAGUGACUUCGUAUCGACGUGGGUGCUGACCUACCUGCUGGCGAUACCAGUGUCCCUCCUAGUAGAACUGCCCGUGCAGAGAUCCGCCAACACGCUGCUCUCUUGAACCUCAAGUUUUACUUCCAAAACAACUUCAAUAACCUCUGGAGAUUUUUCUGAAGAUGAAGUGACAAAAAAGGAAGUGUUCCAAACUAUAGACAGCAUCAGGUUUACUUUAUCCUUAGAUAUUAUUAUUAUAAAUGUGAUAUGAGUUGUGUGAUUGUCCCUGUUUUACGAUGCAACGGAGUUACCGGUUGACGUGAUUAUUAUUGUGUUCUUAUAUUUAAGAUAUGAUACUUUAUAUUAAGAAUAUGACGAUAGACGAUAUGUUCAGCUAAAUGACAGCAAUAAAUGUUGUUUGUGCAACCAA